CAGCGAGUUUAACGCAAACUAGUGAGCUCGCACUGUUCAGGAGGGACUCCACGUGAAGUUGGGAGUGUGAGAAACAGAACAUAAACAGGAUUUUUAGUUAGUGUGGCCUACACGCUGGGUAUAGACAAUGGAUGCUUUAAGUCUGUCAGUGAACGCUGUGUCCUACACUCCAGCGGCUGAACUCUUCACUCCUGAUGACCCGUUUAAAGGACCCAUCAAGACCAUCGCGCCGUGGAACUUCACUUUCCUGGCUGUGUUCAUGUUCUUUGUCACCUCCGUGUCUCUGAGCGAAAACUUCCUCGUCAUGUUUGUCACUUUCAAGUACAAACAACUCCGACAGCCUCUGAACUAUAUCAUACUUAAUUUGGCAAUCGCUGAUUUUUUGCUCUCCCUCAUCGGUGGAGUAAUAAGUUUCCUGACAAACUCCAGAGGUUAUUUCUUUCUUGGGAGGUGGGCUUGCGUCUUGGAGGGGUUUGCUGUCACUUUUUUCGGGAUUGUGGCCAUGUGGUCCCUCUCUGUUCUGUCCUUCGAACGAUUCUUCGUGGUCUGCCGGCCUAUGGGAAACAUCCGACUGCAAACGAAGCAUGCGGUCCUGGGUCUGGUGUUCGUCUGGACCUUCUCCUUCAUCUGCACCAUCCCUCCAGUGCUGGGCUGGAACAGUUACACUACAAGCAAGAUCGGAACCACCUGUGAGCCUAACUGGUAUUCAACCAGCGCGAUUGAUCACAGCUACAUCAUCGUUUUCUUCAUCACCUGUUUCAUUCUGCCCCUCGGAGUAAUAUUUUACUGCUAUGGAAAGCUCCUGCAGAAGCUCAGGAAGGUAUCUCAUGGCCGUGUGGCUGGCGCCAAGAAGCCGGAGAGGCAGGUGACCCGUAUGGUGGUUGUGAUGAUUGUGGCCUACAUGGUGGGAUGGACGCCGUACGCAGCCUUCUCCAUACUGGUCACAAUUCAUCCAACCAUCAAACUUGACCCCGGGCUGGCUUCCAUCCCCGCCUUCUUUUCCAAGACCACUGCUGCCUACAACCCAGUCAUCUAUGUCUUCAUGAAUAAACAGUUCAGGAAGUGCCUAAUCCAGCUCUUCGGCGGCAAGGUGACCAUCCCAGACAGCAACCUCAAUCAGACCUCAGAGCGACCUGGAAUUACUGCAGAGAGUCAAAUAGGAGAAAUGUCAGCCAUUGCGGCCCGCAUACACGAGAGUGGCUCUAUGUCACCCAAGUCUGGUGGUUCUCCAACUGAAUGUGGCUCGUUUGUCCACCUGCCGAUCCCAGAAAACAAAGUGUGUCCAAUGUAACGGUAAACUAAUCCCAAUAGGUGUUCUCUCACUAUCCUCUGACACCCAUAGUCCAUA